AUGGAGAGCAAUUCUCAAAGCAGCAGUCAACGAACUCUGUGGAAAGAUGUUGAGAGUGGAAAGGAGAAAACAGCCCGGUAUCGAAGUUACCAAUGGGGGGCCAUAAUUCUUGGGCUGCUUUUCUUGACCUUGGCCAUAUGCUUCUUUGCUUUGAGAUACUUUUGGAGCCCAAGUCCAGGAAAGGUCUAUGACCAGCCCUAUAAAGCAGUGCUGGACGGGAUGGAAACUGACAGCGUGAUGGAAAUUGACCCCGCCCACCACGUGGAGGUCUUCAGAAUGGGUAACGGCAGUGAUGAAGUCCUGGAGGUCCACGACUUUAAAAAUGGAAUCACUGGGAUUCGCUUUGCCAAACACCAGAGAUGUUACAUCAGGACCCAAACCAAAGAGCUGCCAAAACUCACAGAACUGAAGAACGAAGAUGCCGAAAUUGAGGUGAGUGAGACAGGAGACGUUGACAUGCAGGUGGAGGAGUCCCAGGUGUGGAUUCCUGUUGAGGAGCCGAUUGCUAACAGAGCUUUUCUUCUCAACUCGAAAAUCUGGGAGAUCUGCCAGAAUCUGCCUAUUCACUGGAUCCACCCAUCUCCUCUCAGAGACGCUGACUUUCACGAUGUAGAGGAUGUUGAGGAUCCCACCGAGAUUGAGGUGAAAGGCCGGCGUGAAACCAGGGAUGUUCUUGAUCAUCUGCCAGUAAAUGACUAUAGUGAAAUUGGACUUCAACUGGACAACAGCCUGGAUGAGCAAGGCUACUGCUGCCAGUACUGUCGCCGUGGUUACCGCUACUGCCGGAAAUACCAUGAGCCUCUGCGUGGGUUCUGGCCAUAUCCAUACUGGUACCAAGGAGGCCGAGUCAUUUGCCAGAUUGUUAUGCCCUGCAACUGGUGGAUUGCACGCAUGCUUGGAAGAGUCUAG